AGGCAGGCUAGAAAAGGCGCGCAGAUCUGCGGCUUGCGGCAGACCACGGAGCGGAUCCAGCUCAGAGACGUCCCUGCACCGAAGUCGUCAUCAACCGCCGCCGGACAGAUAGCGCCGUCGGUGGGAAGGAUUGACGCUUGCCGGAGCAGCAACCGCCGCCAGACCUGAACGCCUCAGUCGGGAGAACCGACACUUGUCCGAAAAGCACCGUCACACCUUUCGCCAGCAACUUACAACUGUGAGCUAGCCCGGAUUCACGAUGGACCCGCGAGUGGCGGUACCCGUGGGGUUGCUGGUUCUGCUCGCUGUGGCUGCGGGCGGGACGGCUCAAGCCACAAAAGGUUUCACCGUGAGGGCACAGUCGUAUGGAUGGGAUGAUCCGGGUUUCCGGGAUGUCCCCUACAAUUCCAGAGACCUCACCUACAUUGUCGUUGGCGGACAGAAGAGCAACAUUGAUGAAGGCCUUAAGCGAGGGCAUCAGGUGUUCAUUUUGAAUGAGCAGACCGGACAAGUUGUAGACAAGGCUGCUUUCGACACCUGGGUCCAUGGCGACGCUGAGGCGGCGACAAAAAUGGCAACCUUUCUGGGAGGUGCUGCAGAGGGACGGAUCAUAGCUGUUGUUGUUCAUGACAGCGGCGACUUUACAGGAGGACUAUCCAGUGUAUUAGCACCAUACGGAUCUACAAUUACUCAUCUAGGGCGCAGAGAGUCCUACGCCAUGAUUACCCAGAAGGGACCAAAACCAUCUUGGUUCGUGGAGAAAAAAAGCGCUCAACGUGCUGGACCAACUAUUGUAGAGGCGUUUGUACCACCAGAUCUAGAAACCCGUCGAGUGUGUGAAGGUGGAAUAUUGACCAUCAGUUGUCCUGCUGGAAAAACUAUCAACAUCGUGUCUGCCAUGUACGGCCGGACCCAAGGCCCGGAGGUCUGCCCCCAUCCCACAAUCGGGAACACCAACUGCAUCAGCAAGACCAGCCUUUCCUACAUGCGGAGCAAAUGCCAGGGGAAGUCCCGCUGCUCUGUGGCGGCCGACAACGGCCGUUUCGGGGAUCCUUGUAUGCCGUUCACUUAUAAGUACCUGGAAGUCGAGUACACCUGCGGCGCCGGGAAACCUGACCGCCGCGGACUUGAAGACCACGAAGUCGACAGCAACAAAGAGCGACUGGCUGAGGAAGCCCGCGAGCUCCUAGAGCUGCUGCGCGAGAAGCAGGAUGAGAACGCCCUGCGCCGCCGUGAGUUCGGAGAAGAUGACGUGGACUUGGACUCCGAGCUGUCCGAGGAGUAUGCUGAGGACAUGGCUAAAGCCACGGAGUAGUUGCGGAAGGUUUUGACGACUAUUCGUUUGAGGGAAAGGACAAGGCUGCCAGCGCCACCCCCAAACCCGAGUAGUCGGUUCUGGAGUGAGGCACAGAAUGUCAGCAUAAGCGAUGGACUUCGGAACAAAUCUCCUUCUUUUUUUAUUUCUAUUUCUCAAUUUCAUCUCUCUCCAUCUCAGUCUCUCUCACUUUCUCAAUCCAUCAUUCUCUCCCUUUCUCAUCCUCUCCCUUUCUCAAUCUUUCUUAAUCUCCCUCCUUUUUUCUUACUGUUUCUCAAUAUCUCUUUCCAAAGGUCCGUCUCCCCUUCUCAAUCUCAAUUCCUCCUUUGCAAGCUUCUAAAGCUAUUUUUCAUUCUUUAGCUCCCUUGAGCGUUAUCAUUUACACAGAUGCAUAUAUAACCAUAUUAUAACUUAGAUAAGAAAGCUGACAACAGUUAGAAGCCUAGAGCAAUUUUGACGGGAAAAAAUCAAUCAUAAAACCUAGCAGAAUUUGUUUGUAUUAGGACUAAAUUGACAAAAUACCAAGAAUAUAUAGCACUAAAAGUAAAUAUCAUGCAUUGGGCACAUUUCAGAUUUAUUAUUAUAGAACCAAACAUAUAAAAGACCAUUUGUUAGUCUAUGUUAACAAAUUGUAAAAAGUUGGUUAAAAGGUGGCAAACUGUUGUCAGCUGAACAAAAACCCAAAAUGCCGGUGAAAGGAGCUUUACGGUACCAUUGCUGCAUCCACAGUGUGACAGUCAGGAGAGACCAAACCUCAGGUUCUGUGGAGAAUGGUUUGUGAGGAUUAUGCAGUAAUUGUGUUUGACAUGGUGGCCACCAUAUCUGCAGUUUACAACCGUCAGAGUCAAAGGCAAUUACUGAGAUGAGAAAGGAGAAGAUGAGAUGAGGCAGUGAGGCUGGCUGUGAAACAUUGUGGGAUAGUGGUGUAUUAUGAAAUAAUAGUGCAACUUACUAGCAAGCCUAUAUAGUGAUAAUUGUGUUGACAUUUAGCUUUGUCAUCUUCUGACUUAAACCACCAGAUUUUACUCUGUUCGAAGGCUCUAAAUGUAGGUUUCCAGUGUAUAAUCUUAUUUCUGUACUAGAUAUAACUUUUCAUCUUCCAGUAGAUUUUUAUUAGACGUUGCUGAUACUGAGGUUAUAUAAGGUCAGCGUUGUUAGUUUAUAAGACACCAGGGUGUUAGAAAUAUGAAGUGUAUGAGCAUAGCUUUACUGUUAAGUAAGAAUCAGUUAUCUUACUUGUAACCGACAAUUUAGUAUUUCUUUAGUAUAAACUAGACUCUUUUAUAGAGGUGCUGCGGAAUUUUGUGUUAUUGUGUUAUUAUGUAGAGGUGCUGCGAAAUUUUGUGUUAUUAUGUUAUUAUGUAGAGGUGCUGCGGAAUUUUGUGUCAGUAAUAAUUGUGAGAUUAACACAGAUUUCCCUAUGAGAAGAUAGAGAAGAGAUACCAUCAUGCACUAAAUCCAGAGAAGUGAUGUCUUGCUGAACCCACAACUACAACUGAUCUCUUAGUUACGUCUAUAGUUCAUGUGCAUUUGGUAAAAAAACUUUUGAAUAUAAGAUGUGCAGUUUUGGUACCACA